AGCCGCGGCUGGGGCCGGGAGUGGGGAGCGCGGCGUGGAGCUGCUGCCCGGCGCGGGGCUGCGAGCUCGGCGCCCUCUGCUCCGGACGAGCCAACCUCAGUGCGGACCGGGGCCCAGGGCGUGGCGGCGGCAGCGGCGGCUGCAGCGGGAGAACGAUGGCAGCGCCCGCGGGAGCCGGGGCAGCGAUUGCAGCCCCAGACCGCAGGCGCUGGCUGUGGUCGGUGCUGGCGGCGGCGCUCGGGCUCUUGACAGCCAGAGUGUCAGCCUUGGAAGUCUACACACCAAAAGAAAUCUUCGUGGCUAAUGGGACACAAGGGAAGCUGACAUGCAAGUUCAAGUCUACCAAUACCACUGGCGGGUUGACCUCCGUCUCCUGGAGCUUUCAGCCAGAGGGGGCGGCCACGACAGUGUCGUUUUUCCACUACUCCCAAGGGCAAGUGUACCUGGGGAACUAUCCACCAUUUAAGGACAGAAUCAGCUGGGCUGGAGACCUCGACAAGAAAGACGCAUCAAUCAACAUAGAAAAUAUGCAGUUUAUACACAAUGGCACCUACAUCUGUGAUGUCAAAAACCCUCCCGACAUUGUUGUUCAGCCUGGGCACAUUAGGCUGUAUGUCGUAGAAAAAGAGAGUUUGCCCAUGUUUCCAGUUGGGGUAGUGGUGGGUAUAGUUACUGCUGUGGUCAUAGGUCUCACUCUGCUCAUCAGCAUGAUUCUGGCUGUCCUCUAUAGAAGGAAAAACUCUAAACGGGAUUACACUGGCUGCAGUGCAUCAGAAAGUUUGUCACCGGUUAAGCAGGCUCCACGGAAGUCCCCCUCCGACACAGAGGGUCUAGUAAAGAGUCUGCCUUCUGCAUCUCACCAGGGCCCAGUCAUAUAUGCACAAUUAGACCACUCUGGCGGACAUCACAGUGACAAGAUUAACAAGUCAGAGUCUGUGGUGUAUGCAGACAUCCGGAAAAACUAAGACCCAGAACAUAUCCAGAGAAAAAACAAAUCCAAACUGGAUUCUUAUGCAGAAAAUAUAGCCCAUAACCACAUGUGGCCUUGCAGACAUCCGGAAAAACUAAGACCCAGAACAUAUCCAGAGAAAAAAACAGAUCCAAAUGGAUUCUUAUGCAGAAAAUGUAGCCCAUAACCACAUGUGGCCUUGGAUACCCAGGCAAGGACAAGCACAUGUGUACUCAUAGAGAUAGAAAAAGAUGUGUAUAAAGGAUGUGUAUAAAUAUUCUAUUUAAUCUUGAUGCGAAGAGCCAAUGUUGCAUGAUGGAAAGAUGGUAUGGUUCUAUGUAUAUGUAAAUUGUCUUGCUGUCUUUGUACUUCCUUUUCAGGGUCAUUUACAAUUGGGAAAUUUCGGAAACAUUCCUGUCACCAUCAUUUAGAAAUGGUUUGCCUUAAUGGAGACAGUAGCAGAUCUUUUAGUAUUUCCAAUAGACAUGGCCUUUUUGUCAAAGGGCUUAAUCAAUCUUAGCAUUUAUUGUAGUUGGAGAAUGGAGAUACAAUGAUGGAUGCAUGUCCAGGGUGGCCUUUAAUGGUGUCAGCACCAGUUACUUGGUUGCAGCUUUGAGAAAACAUCCUUUGACGGUGCCGUUGAAGACAGUUUGAAGUUUUUGUUGAUGUUUUUCUCUCUAAAAUAUGGGACAGUUUUUAGCUUUAUAUGUUGUAUAGACUUACUUUAACUUUACACCCUUUAAGUAUAACAUAUCAACUUGUGGAUUGAUAAUAGUAAGAUUAGCAAGGGACAAAUGCCAAGGUCACUUCCUUCUAGGUACGUGUAGAUCAAUACCAUAGAGAUAAAGUAGAAAAUCCAGACUUUGCUUAAGGAAUAUUGUACCAUAUGGAGAGUAAAAGGUAUCAGUUGCUGAAGUCCCUCCUGCUUGAAAUAAGAGUCCCUAUACAGCUGGAGUAGGGGAGUUUCUUGCCUUGUAAGUAGUCAGAAAUGGGAUCGUUAUAUUGCCAUUCUCCAGUAGCCCACAGCUCUCUCUGGAGAACCACCUUUUUCCACUUUUAAUUUUUUUUAAUUACUAAUUUUUUUGAGAUGAGGCUUCACUAUACUGCCCAGGCUGGCCUCAAACUCCUGGGCUCACGCAGUCGUCUGCCUUGGCCUCCCAAGUACCUGGGACUGCAAGCUCGUACCUCUGUACCCAGCAAGAGUACCUUCUAUGUAAAGCUUCAGUUAUGCUUCCAGCAAGAGGCAGCAUCAUUCAUGGCAUUAUGGAUAGCUUCGUGGUUCAUCAAAGACCUCUGAAGUUAAAGAUGGUCUGUGUUUUUUUAAAAUCAGGUAGGCCUAGUGUUAUUGCUUUGAGAGUCCCUGUUUCUUUCUGUUGUUGUUUUGGUUUUCACCACCCCGUCCCCCACCCCAGUUACAUGGAAUUGAUAAACAAUGAGAUGAGGGAAAAUAUAGAUAAUUUGGGGUAUCUUAAAAUAUACACAAUUUGGGGUAUCUUUCUCCAAAACUCAUUUUCUCCCAUAAACCAUGCCCACCCCACCUCAAUCUGAGUUUUUAUUUUUUACUGGAAAUAAAAAGCUUGGUGAAGAUUGUUAAACAUGUAUAUUGUCAUUCUCCCAUUUUCUCAAUUAUUUCGUUUAAAAAUUUUUUUUCUUUUUAAAAUCAUCUGAAAGCCUACAUUUAUGGGAAGAAUACUGUCUAGCUGGUUUGCAGAACAUGUCUGGGGUAAGUGGGAAUGAGGGGUAAUGUUAAUUUUUUUCCCAUUUAGUUUGAGGUUCUCUUUCCUUCCUGUCUUGCCAUCUUUUUGGGGCGUUUGCAGGCUAAAUUCUAACAGCAUUCCUAAAGGAAAUAAAGCAGGAUUUAGAUUUAAAGGUGUGCGUGAGGUGGUAAGAUAAAGGACAUAUGCGCUUCAAAACUCACUCCCAUACAUGAGGCCUUUUGUUUUCUAAGUAACUAUUUUUCUUAUUCUCAUCAUGCUCCUGCUACACCCCAUGUCUGUGUGAGUAAACAAGGUCAGGGUUUACCACACACACACACACACACACACACACACACACGUGCCAUCUUCUGGAGCCGGGCAGCAUCUGGUUGACCUGUGUGGGAUGGAGCAAAACCUGACUGCUCUGCUGUUCAUAGGCCCCGCUCGAGAGUGACACAGAGCGCUGGCCCUGAGACUUUCCCACAAAGUGGCCAAAUCUGACUCGCAUCCUAAAACUUCAGGAGCCUCUGGAAGACCUCUUGUGUUAGGAGGGGAGCGGUGUUGGGAUUGUCACUGUUCUGUGCCCGAGGUAGAAAGGACCCAAAUCUUUGAGAGACCAAGUGUGUUCUUUUGUGUGUGUCAUGCCUCCUUCCAGCCAUUUUUGCAUUUCUCAACAGUUCCUGUGAAUAAACUGCACAUUCCUGAUACUCCUGAUAGCAAGAGCCCUGAUUUCUGCUUUUGGUGCUGGGACCACGAGUGCCCCCAGGAGCACUCGCUCGAAUGACCCCUGUAGGCCUCUCCUCCCUCACUGCCUCCUUCCCGAGCCCCCAGCCGCCCACCUCCCACUGUCAGGACUCUGCCUUCUGGCGAAGCAUCCCCUCGGCUCACUGCCGAGCAAGGCCAACCUUACUGCCCGGGCAAGGCCAGUCCUCCACGAGCCUCGCUCUCCGGGUCUUGAGGCUGCCUGAAGGAAGGUGCUCGCACCUGGGUAGGGCAACUCAGGGCAGGGCCUUUGUAACCUCCGCACACUUUGGAUUUGGGGCCCGUUUUCCCGUGCUCAGCAUCCCCGGCCGGUUGCAGAUAGCAACAGCAGUGUGGCCUCCACGUGGCACACCUGCCCUCUCCCCUGUCUUCUUAGUGGCAGAAUGAGACCUCUUAAAAUUACAGGUGAAUUUUGUAAGGGGGCACCAAAAUGGGAUUGCUUAGAGAUUAAAAUUCCAAACCAUCUGUAGUUUUUUGAUGGAAAUGUAUUCAGCUGGGGAAAAACCAUCAAGCGCAUUAUUGGUUUUUUUGAUCUUACUUUUCAAUUGUAUUCUUGUGAAUAUUUUAAUACAUCUUUUUCAACUUC